AAUACACAUACCGUUCCCCUUUAUACAUCACAUAUCAUUAUCCUCUUAGCUGUAACGCGCUGCACCAAUAAACCAGGCGACUCAAAUGCUAGACCUCUAGAACAUCCGGGCAACUCCCCUCACUCUACGUAGGAUCGGAAUGGCGGAGCUGGUCCAAUGGGCUCAGGAGAACGCAGCUUUGCUCUAGCGGAGACACGGGGGGGCUGUGGCGGUUAUGGGCUGCAGGGGGAGGAGGACGGAUCUCCACAGCGGGCCAGGACCCUAGAGGACCUGGAGAGGAGCCUGUCAGCCACGCGGACGGAUGAGAUGCCACUGGAAGAGCUGCUGGCGCUGUACGGGUACGAGGUGUCGGACCGAAUUUCGGGGGACGCCAGCGAGCCCACGGAGCUUCCAGCACACCUGCCGGGCAUGACCUUGGACAAGGACCAAAUUUCGAAGGACCUGCUCUCCGGGGAGGAGGACGAGGAGACGCAGUCGCCGCCCGAUGACCUCACGCCUUCCGUCACCUCCCACGCCUCCGACCUCUUUCGCCUCCACCUCCGAGCGCAUGUCCAGGUGGGCGAGGGCAGGGACAGCUCUGGCGGCUCGUCGGACGACGACUCGGAGGCCAGCUCCGCUCCGUCCAGCGAGGGCCGCAAGGACAUCAUGGUGGGCCCCUCAGCUACCAGCUCGCUAGAAGUGCCUCCCCCUGAGCCCUCCUCGCCUCUGCGAAGCCAUUACUGCCCCGCCUCCUGCCCCGCCCCUUUCUCCCCCUCAGCCUAUGAGAACGAGGACCAGCUCCUGUGGGCCCCGGGGGUGCUGCCGGGGGAGGUGGUGGAGGACUUCCUGUUGCGGGCCCAGGGGUGGGGCGGCGAGGACGGGGCGAGCGAGAACCCCACUUCCGGGGACAUCGUGCGGGACAGUGAACAGGCGCUGUACGAGCUGGUCAAGUGCAGCUUCAACAUGGACGAGGCGCUGAGGAGGCUGCACUUCAAUGUCAAGGUGUUCCGAGAGGAGCUGUGCGCGUGGAGUGAGGAGGAGUGUAGGAACUUUGAGCACGGGUACCGGGUCCACGGGAAGAACUUCCACCUCAUCCAGGCCAACAAGGUGCGUACGCGCUCGGUGGGGGAGUGUGUGGAGUACUACUACGCCUGGAAGAAGUCGGACCGGCACGACUACUUCACCCUGCAGACCACCAGGCUGGGCCGCAAGAAAUACAGCCUCCAGUCCGGGAACAUGGAGGACGGGGAGCAGGACGGUGAGGGGAGCAGCCGCUCUCACAGCCCCCCUCAGGGACCCGGGGCCGCCCCUCAGCUCGGACCCCCCUCCCCUCCUGAGGGCCACGAGCUGGACCUGGAAAAGCCAGAAGCAGACUCAGGGUUCAGUGUGGGGGUGUCGGAGCGGGGCUGUGGGGGGGUACCCCCUGGUUUGGCCACGCCCAGAGAACCCCAGCUUCCCCUCUGUCGGCACGGGGACCCCCAGGACCCCACUGCGGACUGUCCCAUCCCAGCCGGCCGUCCCGCCUCCUCCCCCCCUCCCCCUCUCUCCUCGCUGGGGGCCGGUGCCCGUGCCCCGCCCCCCGAGCUUUUGGGCCCUGGGUUCUACCAGCUGCAGCUGGGGCCCUUCGGCACGGACGGCCCCUUUGCCAUGCCGACGGUCGCCCUGCCGACGGAGGCCCCGCCCACCGCCUCGCCCUCAGUGUUUGGGCCCAUCGGAGGCUUCCUCUGCCCCCCUCCGGUCCAGCACCCCCGCUCUCUCACACAGUGACGUGGGGGGGGGGUGUCCACAGUGGGACAGCCGGAGGUGCUUCGGUGCUGCAGGAGUGAAGUUCACGCACGCCCCAUAUGUGCGAUUUAUGGACCCGUCCGAAACUUUGGGGGCCCCUCUCCAUGAACACAAGGGGGUUCCAGAACACUGGAAAGAACUAUGGCCUGUCCCAUUGGGGGGUUGCUCAGCGAAUAGAAAUCUAUGAAAGUGGGGGGAGUGCCAGGAUCAUGGGAGAUUACUGGGCUGCUGAUGGGAUGGGGGCAGUGGAGGUUUGUCAAAACCAGCGUGUUUGUGAUUUUUUUUAAUGUUAUUUUAUUUGGCACAAACAGGUCUUUUUUUCCAAGCCUGUAAUUGACAGAACAGAAUUCCCUCUGACCUUUGACCUCUGCUAGCACCAGAACCCAGAACCAUUAUGUACAAACAUGCUGGAGUGCAUAAGAGCUGGACUGAGCUGUACCCUGGUACCCUGGACUGGAAGAAUCGGAAACCGUUUCGACCACCCCCCCCAAUCCCUCCCCAGAAGGGUUUCUUCCUCCUCUUAUGACAUCACUGGCCUCUAGAGAUCACAUGACCCAAUUAGUUCAGCUCUCCUCUCACCUGAGCAGCCAUUACCUCAUUCUAUUGGAUUACAAUGGGCGGCGUGACCUGGUGGACAGUACCAGCAUCGGUGACACAGGAAAUUUUGGCCCUGUUCCCCCUUCCGACUCCCCCCCCCAGCACCAGGAAGUUAUGACCUAUCCCUGACUCCGCCCCCACCCCUUCCCCGCCCAAUCAAAAGCCCUUUCAUCAAAACAUGCAGUUUCUUCUUGAAAACGUGGAGCAUGACAGAAGAGGCUUGCAGAACUGCCUGGUGAGGCUCAAAGUGUUGAAGGUCCCGUUUGAGGUGCCAAGAUUUUUACUUUGCUUUUCAUUUAUUUACACCCCCCCCCCCCAUGCUAGCUCAUUCACUGAAUACUCAGUUUCUCAGGUACAAAUACAGAGCUGGGCUGGGCCCCUGCAAAGAUGUUCAGAGGAAGGCCCAAUUUUUCUUAUUUUUUUCCUGGGGUGGGGUUGUAAUGUGGCCAAGGGGGGGGGGUUGCUGAGUGUUAAAUGGGUGGUGUUGUAUCGUUCCCAGACCAAGAGAAUCCAAAGAGUGUUUCAAGGAGGACAAAACUGUGCCGUCAAUGCCGUCCGUUGAAAACAGAUGCUGUAAAAACGGAAAAAAAACUGAAAACAAUGCAACAUUUCUUUCUGCCGCUAGAUGGCGGCGUUGCUGUAUUUGACACGAGUAGAGAUUCCCUUCUCUGGAGCUCUCUGGUUAGUCUGCGGGAAGGUUGUUCGUUUGUCCCGGACUAUGUCUGCAUAAAGUCGUCCUGCAGUCCUCCUUGAUGAUGGGAUAUCUUAUUUAUUAUUAUUAUUAUUAUUAUUAUUAUUAUUAUUUCUCUUUUUUUUUUUCUUUCCCAAACAUUUUAAGAUACAGACAUAUUUUCUACUUUUGUUUACGCUAUUUUCAAAGACCGUGUUUCUGAGAUUGACACUGAGGGGGGAGAACUGACCUUUAUUUACACGUUUUUCAGCUCUUUGUAUUGUACUGCUUCCGCUGAUGGUUUAUUAUUAGGAUUAUUAUUCAUAUUAGUAACAACAAUGUUAUUUUAUAUUUUGUAAAAAAAAAUUUUUUUAAAAGAACUGAUUAAGCAACACUGAAAGUAGCACAUUGAGCCAAUUAACGAUUGCCGUCCACUAGUACACAGUACAUGUACAAACAUACAAUGCACCCACACACACUCAGUACACACCAAACUAAUACGCAUCAAUGCAGCUUUAUUCAUUUGAGAAUAAAAACUUUUGACGACA